UAGUAAACAGUAAAAAAAUUAAAAUAGGAAAAAAAUGUUUGAAAAUCAUAAUAUAACUGAUACAAAAGGAUCUAAAGAAGAUUAUUUAUUAUUAAGGGCUAAAGAAGCCAUGUCUACUGAUAUUUAUGCCGCAAAAUCAUGGUUAAUAACAGCAAAAUCACUUUUUCCACACAGUGUAAAAGUACAGUUCGAAGCUUAUAGAAUAGAAAAACUAUCAAAAAAUGUUAAGGAAGCAGCUAAAUGUUUCAGUGAAAUAUUUCAGAAUUUCCCCGAAAAUGCAGAAAUUUGGAAAGAAAUUGAAUCUAUUACUGCAUGUUUGAGAUCAGAAAAAUCAGAUCCAGAAUGUGAAUUAUUGUGCCAAAUGUUUCAACAUAUUCCUCAAGAACUACAACAUAGAUUACUUAUUAUGACUGCUGAUCAUAGUGAAGAUACAAUGGAGCACUGUAAAUUAUUAUUAUUGUUACUCAGGCGGUUUCCACAAACGAUAGCUACACAUGGACCAAGAUUAGUAGAAACAUUGCUGACUGCAGAAAAACAUAGCCAUCCAUGGGAAGCUGUAAAUGAUUUUCGACGUCUAUUAGCUUGUGAUGCUUUACCUUUAUUAGGUGAAGCUCCAGUUGAAUUAAAUGCUAGACUUAGCCUUCGAUUGCUCUGUAAAGCAGUCGAAUUUUAUUUGGUUUAUAUUCAACAAACUACAAUCCCAGACUAUGAUAUUCAACUGGACUACGGGGGUAAUCAAAUCCAACAACCAUGGGACAAAUUAUUCAAAGUAAUGGAAGUUAUGGGAGCUAAACUCAGUUGGGAAUUAGGUGAACUUUUUUCAACGCCUUGGAAUCAAGAAGCUUACUGUGACAGGUUACAACAAUUCAGUACAAAUCAUACCAGUAAUUUGAAUGACGAAGCAAUGGUCAAACAAUUGACAAUUUGCACAAUUGUUGUUUUAAUAAGAAUUUUAAGUGGACAUUUAUCGAAAAUUAAUCAUGACAAUACUGAAUAUUGUCUUGUCGAGGCAUUCGCAGAACCAUAUUCAACUACAGAGACAAAAAUAAAAAAACGAAAAAGAGAAGAUAAUUCAGGAAUAGUUUUAACAAGUGACGACGACUACGAUGGUCAAGGAUUAAUUUCUGCAGUAAUGUUAUGGGAUAUUUUAAACAGAACUGAAUUGAUGAAAAGAGAAAUAGCUAAACUUAGUCAACAAAUGCAUUUAGAAACUUGGAUAAAUCCAUUUCUAAAUGAUGUAGCGAUAUACAAAGGUCAGCUACAUGAUGUAUUGACGAGAUUUUCACAAGUAACUAUUAAAUCAAUAGCAAUACAUCUGCGACUAGCUAGUACAUACUUUUUUCUUAAAGAUUAUGCGGCCAUGUUAGAAAAUAUUGUCAAGAUAGCAGAGUCACGUUUUCAAGUACGUGGUAAAGUAUCAACGAAACUUUCCGUACCUGCUAUUAGACAUGUACACUAUUUACCAAUUGAAGAAUUACCUGUUCUACAAUUUUGCUGCAAAUUAUUGUUAGCAGGAAUGAAAACUAAAAUACAUUUUAUCAGUGAUCCUGGAGAUUGGACGAUAGGCAAUUCUCUUGUUCUUAUGCAAAUUGAUUGGCCUCAAGAGGCAAAUCUUUUCAUAUCAAUUAUUGAAGCUAUUAAAGCUAACAAAACAUUUCAAUAUCCUUUAUUUCUAACAUACAUAAUUAAUAUUGAUAUACUAGAAGAAUUGACGUAUCUAUGGACUGAGCAUGGUGGUGGAAUUUCUUUAGAUAUUGCUAUCGGUUCUGAAGUUCUUCAGAAACGUCGUAUAACAACCAGAGGUACAGACAAAGGUGUUCGAGAAGAAGUAAGACAAGCUAUGAGACAUCAAGCUGCUCGAGAUUCAGUAGAUCCAAUAGAGAAAUUGAUUCAAAAAUUUAUUGUAGAUGAAAAGGCUGCAUUACUUCAUAGUUUGUUAAGAAAAUAAUAUUUUUGUUACCAAAUAA